CUGUGCCCGCCCCGCCCGCGCCCGCCCGGCCGCCGUCUCCGCCCGUCGCUGGCUCCGCGGCCGCCGGCUCCGACCAAGCCGAGGGCGGAGGGGAGGGGCAGGCGGCGCCCAGGAGGGAGGCACGGGCCGCAGGCCAAGCGGACCGGGGUCACAAUUUGGGUUUGCAGCAAAAAUGCUCUCAGAACAGACAGCAGUCCUGGGGACAGGAUGGGAGUCAAUGAAUGUCCAGCUGGAUGGAGCAGAGCCUCAGGUGGAAAGGGGAAGCCAAGAAGAGGGGCCAUGGAGAAUAGCACCAGGGCCACUGGAACACCUGUGCUGCGACCUUGAAGAGGAACCACAGUCCCUUCAGGAGAAGGCUCAGUCAGCUCCCUGGGUUCCUGCCAUUCCCCAGGAGGGGAGCACCGGAGAUUGGGAGAUGGCAGCUGCACUUCUUGCGGCAGGAUCACAGGGCCUGGUAACCAUCAAGGAUGUGUCAUUGUGCUUCUCUCAGGAGGAAUGGCGGAGCCUGGACCCUUCUCAGACAGACUUUUAUGGAGAAUAUGUCAUGCAAGAAAACUGUGGCAUAGUGGUCUCUCUAAGAUUUCCAAUUCCCAAACUGGACAUGCUUUCUCAACUAGAAGGAGGGGAAGAACAGUGGGUCCCUGACCCCCAGGACUUGGAGGAGAGGGACAUCCUGAGGGUCACAUACACAGGAGAUGGAAGUGAGCAUGAGGGCGAUACCCCUGAACUAGAAGCAGAACCUCCCCGAAUGUUAUCUAGUGUGUCUGAAGAUACUGUUCUCUGGAACCCAGAACAGGAUGAGAGCUGGGAUUCCAUGCCCAGGAGCUCCAGAGGAAUGCUCCUGGGCCCACCUUUUCUUCAGGAAGAUAGCUUCUCAAACCUUCUAUGUAGCACAGAGAUGGAUUCCCUUUUAAGACCGCACACAUGCCCCCAGUGUGGGAAACAGUUUGUGUGGGGCUCCCACCUUGCCAGGCACCAGCAAACACACACUGGGGAGCGGCCCUACAGCUGCCUCAAGUGUGAAAAGAGCUUCGGGCGAAGACACCACCUGAUCCGGCACCAGAAAACCCACCUACAUGACAAGCCCAGCAGGUGCUCAGAGUGUGGCAAGAAUUUCCGAUGCAACUCCCAUCUGGCCAGCCACCAGAGAGUGCAUACGGAAGGCAAAUCCUGCAAGGGUCAAGAGGUUGGAGAGAGCCCAGGGGCUAGGAAACGGCAGCGUGCCCCACCAGUGCCAAAGUGCCAUGUGUGCACUGAGUGUGGGAAGAGCUUUGGCCGACGGCACCACCUGGUGAGACACUGGCUGACCCAUACUGGGGAGAAGCCCUUCCAGUGCCCUCGCUGUGAAAAGAGCUUUGGCCGUAAACAUCACCUGGACAGGCACCUGCUGACCCACCAGGGACAGAGUCCCCGGAGCAGCUGGGACAGAGGGACAUCUGUCUUUUGAAAUCUGUUUCUGCUGCAGCUGUGGUCACAUCUAUCAGCAGCUGGUGCUACCAGGAGUCUCUGCCAGAACUGCCCCUCUCCUGCACCCCGAUGGCCAGAAUCAUGAACCCUGGCUCCAUCCCUAGAAAGAGGAGGUUCUAACAUUGGCCAGACAUUUCUCACCAGUUCUGUGAGAUAUCACAUAAAAUGGAGUUCUUUGUGCAAAACUUUUAGGAAACAGUGCUUACUGCAUGGGCUGAUAUUCAGCCCUAGCCCAUUAUCAAGGGUACCACUUGAGAAUCUGCACUUUAUUGCUGUGGUCCAUUCUAAGUGGUUGGAACCUAUGCCAUACCAGUUAAAUAUUUGAGUAACACCUUUGUGUACUGUAACUAUUCUAUCCUCUCUGUAUAUAGAGAGGAAGACCAUAUUAGUAUAUUGAAGGCGCUAAGAACUUAUGUGUACAGAGAAUUGUUAAACACUUCUAACACAGUGUUUCCUAAACGUGUUUGACCUCAGUGUCCUUUCUAUCUCACAUCCCACAGAACUGGUGACUCCACAAAACACACUGGUGAACACUGGGUUAGAGAGUAAUGAGGAAACAGGAAAGAUAUAGUGAGCCCCAGAGCCCCCUUUUUUUUUUAUCCAAAUGAAAGCUGAGGGGCAGACCUCAUUCCUGUGUGGGUCCAUCACACUUACCCUGAUCAUCCAAAUAUACAUCCAAACCUCUUACUAUCCCCUACUGAAAAAUAGAAAUAAGAACCUUUUCACCCUCUUUUUCCAACUCCCUUCAUCCUCCUCAUACAUAUAUCUAGCUGAGAGAUCACACUACAAUGCUAAGAGAUGAAUUUAUACCCCUCAAGGAACCUAGGCCCACACAGAAGAAAAAAACUUUAUCCCUUGAACAGACCCCUCUCCUCUUGACUGUGUCUUUUUGUGUCUAUGUGUAUUGGUGUGCAGGGUCGUUGAAGAGAGCAUGCAAAGUGCAAAGUGUACAAGCUAGAUUUUCUAGGGGCUGUUUUCUGGGGAUGAGGGUAGUAGGGAUUGUAUGGGAUUUUUGUUUUGUUUCAAGAUAGGAAGUAAACUGAGCAAUUAAGGGAGCCCUCGUGGAAAGGGUUAAGUGAUGGGUUAAGUUGUGAAAGUUGAAGUGUAAAGCCUUCCCUGGUGUAAGUGAGAUCAAGAUAACUGUGGAUAUGUAUGUCUAGAUCCAAAUCUCUGGGCCACAGAUUCUUUUUGCCUGGGAAGAGAGAGAAAGACAUAUCCUCAGAGAGGUGAGCUGUUUCUUGUCGGUUUCAAGUAAGAUGCAUAUAGAAGCUUUGUGCUUAGUGGGUUUCUUUGUCUUGUUUUAGUGCUGAGAAAUUAGGACAGGAAUCACAGUGCUUGGAGGUUGUUGUCCUCACUCUUAUUUGACCUUGAUUGCCUCAUCAAGGAAGCAGUUUUUCUUGAGGAUCUCAUUCUCCCAGAAACAGAACUUUAGGGAAAAUGGCUGUGGUUAGCUUUUAAGCUGACAGUGGGGAGAAGUAGUGUUUUGGGUUUUCUUCCCAGCUCUGGGAAGGAAUCCACACUAAGACUCUUAACUCCAGGAAUUGUAUAAGUAUUCUAGCAUCUGUUGGUUGAUGAGUUGUCAUUGUUUUGCUUUAUUGAUAAUGUGUUAAUACCAAUCUUUUAAAAAUUUUCUUAUAUAUAAGAGCAGUUUGGGGUUAGGAAGAGAAAGGAGCAAAGCAGAUGAAAGUGGGAUAAUUUCUCUUCAAUGCUUAGAUUCUGGUUUUUCCUUAACACACUUAUUUCUCAACCACAAUUGGUGGAAUUAACCAGAGAGACAAGAGGAAGCAAGCUGCAACAAUGUAAUUUAGUGAUUGUCCCAUUUGCUUAGAAAAAACUGGGUGAAUCACAGCUCAUCAGAAUUCUGGACCCAAAUGGAGCUGAAAAUAGGAUCAUUUUGUUGACUGGGCUUCUUAGAGUGGAUAUGACUCAAACAACCCAGCCUAUACCUCCAUUUUGCCACUCAGAGCAGCUUUCCUUCUUUGCCUGGAAUGCACUUCUCUUGCUUAUGUUCCUGCAUAUAGAGCAAAAUGGCCAGCCCUUUGUAAGGUCCUCAGAGACAGGAGCAUUUUAGGAUUAGUAUUGGGAGAUACCCCAGGCUGUAAGAGAGUAUUGGAUUCCAGUGGGAAAACCGGACUACACCAUUUCUUUUACCCUCUCACUGUGCCUCAUUCAUUAAUGCAGAUCAGCUCUGUGUAAGCAAUGGUUCAGAACCUGUUUCAGAUCACAGACCCUUAUGAGACUCUGAUAAAAACCAGAAACUCACUUUUGAGAAAAACAGACAUUAGCAACUCACUCUGUUUUAUAUAUACACAGUUAGCAGGUUUAGAGCCCAUCCAUGGAAUCAAUAAACGGGUCAUGGGGAGUUACCGUGACCCAAUAUGGUCAUUUAUAUACUUGUGUCAAAAAUUACAAGGCAAAGAUCACUAAAUAUUUUAAGGACUAGAUAUGAGAGGAAGUAGGGUAUAAAGACAGAGUCUAGUCUUUAAUGACUAAAAGAGUAUUGCUGACAUUCUACUCUAUGUUUUUUCUUAAAAAAAGAUGACAUGCUGACAAAUGGAGCUCCUCACAAACCUUGUUUUAAAGACUUGUGGGAGGUGACUCUCCGUACUAUCAGAUCACACAUCUUAAUAACCAAAUGUUAACCUCCAGCUGUUGAUCUGUUUUAGUAAUUGUAAGGAUAGCAAGUGAAGCCCCCAAGUGUGAGUGCUGUCAUAGCACCCAAAUGAAAGGCAUGAUGAGUCUAAGAGCUUUCUGCAGAAAGGGCAUCCCUUUAGGUCAUUUCUGGUAUACCACUGUCUUCUCUACCUCGGUCCAACACCACUUCCCUUGGACGAAAAAUAAAAUAAGCAGCAGCCAUCAGAUGGGUGAAUAGAUUUGAAUGAUUUUUCCCACAGGGAAUCAGCUUCAAACUCCCAUCUUUCCCAUAACUGGCUUUGCCACAUGUCUACCCUACCCCCUUUAAAUAAAAAAAAAACUGUCUCUGUGUUCUCUCUGGGCAAAUAUAAAAUGGAGAAAUCCAUCUUCAGGAACCCGUUAUCUUUUCCUUCUGUGGUGCCUCUACUCUGUUCAGGGCCCAAAUAUCCUCCUCUUUGCACCCCAUCAAAGUAUAUCUGCAGAGAAUCCCUUCAAAGUGUUAGCUUUUCCAAGUUAUUUACAUUUUAAGCCUUAACACAGAUGUAGAAGUGGAAGGCAAAAGGUUUCCCUUGUCAAAAUGAUGUUAUACCUUCGGGGAGCUAAAGGGGUGAUAAUUUGUGACAAAAAUCCUUUCCUUUCCUGCACUCCUACACUUAAACCACUGUUUCCUCAUUUCCAUCAAGGGCAAGGUGAGUCCUGACUCAGAACCAGAGGUGCCAGAGGAAUGUUUUUUCCAUCUCUGUUCAGAUAAGUGGUGGAUGGGGAUGAGUGGGGCUGGGCAGUAAUAGAAAGGUGAAAUCUAUUCCUUUAGACCCCAUAGAAAUCCUGAGCUGGCAAAAUUUCCUUCUGUUCCCUGGAGCGUUAUAUGAGGUCUUAGGUCUCAAAAUAUGGUCUCUGUACCAGCAGCAUCUACAUAACCUGGGAACUUGCUUUAGAAAUGCAAACUCUCAGGCUCCACCCAGACAAGCUGAAUCAGAAACUCUGGGAGUGGAGCCCAGCAAUCAGUCUUCACUUGCCUUCCAGAAUAUCUGAUAUAUGCUAAAGUUUGAGAAUCACUGGCCAGGAGAUUCAAAUUCCACUUCAAUCAGUGGUAUCUUACCUUCUUCAAAUGGAGAGAGAGGGGAAUCUUUAUGCCCUGUGGUCAGAUUUAUUUUCUGCAACCCUUCAACGCUAGUUUCUCCUCAGUUCUGGUUCCAUUGAGUCCCCACCCUCAAAUCAGUAAAAGGAGUGGGUUAAUCAACAAUUUUAGAGACUGUGUUGGAGCCAUGCCAGACUGUUGUAACUGAUUGGGGCUAGAGCUUCGACAAUGGACACUAAGGAUUCAUGGGUCCAGAAAUCUGAAAAGACAAAAAGGAGCAGAUAUCUCAAAG